AUGGCCCCCUACUCAGGCAAUAUUUCCAAGGCAGAUGCGGCGGCCUACUCAUCUUCGGAUUCGGACAACGACGACGACGAUGAUCACCUCAAUCCCUCCUCUGGAGAUCCUCGCUCUGAUUACCUCGAUGACUUCAAGCCUCGCAAGCGCCGCAAGUUCAACAACGGAAAAGAGAGCGCUGCCUUGGGCAUUUUUGGCUCCGAUAGCGAGGAUGAGCGCCCGGCCCCAAAAGGAAAGAGCAAGAAGAGCCUUCGGCAUCAAAACAUGAACUUUGUGUCAGCGGGUCCCCAAAAGGAUGAGGAUGGGGAGCAUAUAGACGAAGAUGAAGAUGAAGACAUGGACGAUGACCCCGAAUACGCCGAAACGGCUCGGUUUGGGCUUGGAAUGACCAAGCAAGCCUCAACCAAUGUCGAACAAAACGAGGACGAUGAUGACGAUCUGGAGGACGACGAAAUUACCGUUGGGCUUGGGCUUGGUUUUGGUGCGAGUGGACGAGCAUCGGGCUGGACGCCACCGGUACAAGCUUCAGCACCUCCUACGUCUCUGAAGAGCGGCGAAAUACGAGCAGGACCAACUACUGGCUCCAAGUUUGAUGCGAAUGCACCUUUGGGUCGAGGUUUUAUUCCUUCUUCUGCCAAUAUGCCAACUCUCAAACCUAGUCUGGCCAAUGAGCCAACCUCUGCAACCCAUUCACCUAAACCGAGCGCCUUUGGUGGCAAUGGCAACAGUCGAGGUGGGAGCAAGAUGAGUUUUGGGCAAAAGAUGUUGGCCAAAAUGGGUUUUGUCGAAGGCAAAGGCCUUGGUGCAGAGGGUCAAGGUAGAAACGUCAUCAUUGAAGCUACACUACGGCCGCAGGGCGUCGGCCUGGGAGCUGUAAGAGAGAAAUCGAAACAGGAAAGAGAGGAGGAAAAACGUCAAGCGCGCAUACGUGGUGAAGAUGUGGUUGACUCGGAAGAUGAAGAAAAGAAAAGGAGAAAAAAGGCUCGCGACAGAAAGCUGAAGGGACUCGAUAGUGGCACGGCCAGCGGCAGCAGUACUCCACGACGACCAAAGACAAAGUAUCUAACGGUCAAUGACAUGAAGAAGGCGGCCCCCGGCUUACAUAUCCCUGAUGCCUUUGCCCCAAUUCUUGAUAUGACUGGGCCUGGGCAUAAGCUGUUAACCCCCGGUUCCGGCCUAAUGACUCCGACCGCUGGGACGGAGGUCCUCGAAUCGGCUGAGGCUAGGAAGCUCGCUGGGCGUGCUCAGCGUGACCUAAAUGCAUUCGUGGAGGAGUGGAAGACAUUGGAGGAAAGAAAGGCUUGGCUGGAUAUGGAAGUUCAUCAGCGUCAACAGACACUGGACGAGCUCAAUAAUGCAUUUGGUGCCAUGGAGCUGGUGGUCUCUCUUUUGGAAAAGAUUUCACACGCGGCAAGUCAGAAACAGUGGGACCCUGUCAUUUCUGGGCUUAAAGAAAUCACAAGCGCUCGCGCAGGACAUGAUAUCGACGACGACGAUGUCAGCAGUGUUGCUGUUGCAGCUAUACAUCCAUUUCUACGUGACGCUGUUCAAGGAUGGCAGCCAUUGGACGACCCCAAGCUCGGUAACUUUGCAGACGAUCUCACAGCCAUCAUGACUAUCCUCGGGCUGGGAAGAAAGACAGCACAAACCGCAGUUACCAAAUGGAACGACCAUGAGAUGGACGGAACACAUCGACAGCACCAAAAAUCGACCACGGCAUACGAAAGCAUGAUUUACAAAGUCCUGUUUCCCAAGCUUGUUACAACAAUUGCCCAAACCUGGGAUGUGUACGAUGCCAAGCCUAUGCUCGCUCUCUUUGACAAGUGGGAGCCAUUGUUGCCAGCAUUCGUCCGAUCGCAGCUGGUCGAGCAGCUAGUACGACGGCUGAGUGACGCAAUCAGCAAUUGGCGACCCAAAAAGAAGCAACAUAAUCUACCCCAUCUGUGGCUGUUCCCCUGGUUGCAGCACCUGCCCCCUUACCACCUCGAGCCCCGAGGGACUGGCAUCGUGGCCGAGGUUCGCCGCAAGUUCCGGCAAGUUGUUGAUGUGUGGGAGUUUGAAAGGGGUGUCAUCCCUGGCUUGAAGGAAUGGAAGGACGUUCUACGACCCUCCAAAGCACAAGAUCAGUGGAGGCCGCUUGUAAUGCAUCAUGUGCUUCCUAGUAUGGCCAAAUAUCUUCGUGGUAAUUUCCGUGUCGACCCAUCGGACCAAGAGCCAUAUCUUCCUAUACUCAAUGGUGCUCUCAAGUGGACAGACAUUAUCGCGCCAUCCAUGGUCGCUGAGGUUAUUGUUGCCGAGGUAUUUCCCAUGUGGCACGACGUCCUUCACCAGUGGCUUACGAGCGAGGAUGCCAACUACGAGGAGAUUGGUGCCUGGUUUGAAUGGUGGAAAGAUGAAGCUCUUGCAGAUGUUGCUAGUUUCGAGAGUGUGGUCGCCGAAUUCGAGCGUGGUACAGCCAUGAUCAGCAACGCGCUUGAACUUGGUGCCAAAAUCAGUGAACUUCCUAAGCCUACGAGACAACCAGCGCGCCGACCAGAGACCCGACCGAAACCAGCGUUAGUCGUAGAGCCUGUCAUGCCCGCCACUUCUCUCGAACCAACGCAGAAGUCAUUCCGCGAGGAGGUCGAGGACUGGUGCAACGAGCAUGACCUUCGUUUCAUCCCCACGCAUAACAAAACGACCUCUUCUGGUCAGAAGUACUACAGACUGACGGCGCGCAUGGAUGGUAAAGGUGGUGUCCUUGCUUAUUUUACCGCGAAUGGCAAUGACGAAAUAUUGGUAGCUGAGAGCCGGAAGAGCGAGUUCAAAUUGAAGAGGGGCGAGGACUGGGGCACUCUGGUUGGUGUUUUGUAUCGUGAGGUUGAACAAUGA